GUCUCUCUCUCUCUCUAGCCCCCCCUCCCGCGAUGCUACCCUUGAUACCGCGUGAACCCAUAUGCCCGUGCCUGCAAAUGGGUGUCUCGGCAAGAGAUAGCGCGCCCAGGUAAUUGGUGUUGGUUUCCGCCUGUCCAUAUCGUUCCAUUAUCGUCAAUGGUCACAUCACACGUAGGUUGGGCACAAUGAUAAAGGCGGUCUGCCCCAUCGACUUCUUCUAGAUUAAAGAGAUCAACUCUUUACCACCUUUGUCAAUCCCGAGACUAUGGUAGCGAAUCUCCAUCGCCAUUGAACCCCGACUAUUGCAGAAUACAGACCACUAGUCUGCUGGGGACUUCAUCUAGGCCACAAGUUCACCACGAAUUCCAUCCAGUCAUGGCGACCAUCUCUACCCCCGACGACGUCUCCGGCGCCGGCGCGGAAAAGGGACUCGGCAGCGACAUUGAUCGCUCAGAAUCCAACAAUGGUACAAUGGCAAUCGAGUCCCUUGAUCCCGCAGCGGAGAAGAAGCUUCUCUUAAAGCUCGACGCUUACUUCGUCCCAAUCAUCAUGGUUGUCUACCUAACCUGCUUCCUCGACCGCACAAACAUCGGCAACGUCCGCGUCGCCGGCAUGCCCGAAGACAUCGGCGCCACAACCCAAGAAUUCUCAACCGCAAUCUCCAUCUUUUACGCAACCUACGUCGUCUUCGAGCCCCCGUGGACCAUCAUGAUGAAGCGCAUCACCCCGCGCGUCCUCCUCACGGGCCUGUGCAUCAUCUGGUCCCUCUCCACCGUCUUCUCGGGCUUCAUCCACAGCAUCGGCGGGCUCUACACCGUGCGCCUCGUUCUCGGCAUGUGCGAGGCCGGCUUGUUCCCUGCGCUGAAUCUGUAUCUCACCAUGGUGUACAAGCGCGACGAGCAGGCCAAGAGGGUGUCGUAUCUGUUUGUGUGCUCUGCUAUCGCGGGCGCGUUUGGCGGGUUGUUGGCGUAUGCGCUAUUGAAGAUGGAUGGCGUGGCUGGGUAUGCUGGCUGGCGCUGGGUCUUCAUCAUCGAGGGUGUUGUGAGCAUCCUGAUUGCCCCGAUUCUGUGGUUCGGUCUGCCCAAUGAUCCUUCGGAUGCCUACUUCCUCAACGACGAGGAGAAGCGCAUGAUGCAGGUUCGGGCUGCACAGCGUGCGCAGUACAUGGGAAGUGAUGAGUUCAGUUGGGAGGAGAUUAAGAUUGAGCUUCGUGACCCCAAGCUCUACCUCAGCGGUGCCAUCCAAUUCUGCCAAGAUAUCCUCCUCUACGGCUUCAGUACCUUCCUCCCCUCCAUCAUCGUCUCCAUGGGCCGCACAAGCAUCGAAGCCCAAUACCUCAGCAUCCCCGUCUUCCUCUUCGGCGCCAUCGCCUUCUUGACGACAGCCUAUUUCUCAGACCGCAUCCUCGUCCGCGGCCCGCUCAUCUUCCUGGCCAACAUCCCGGGCAUCAUCGGCUACAUUCUCAUCAUCUGCCCGACGAGCAGCGGCGUGAAGUUCUUUGGUACCUUCCUCUGCGCCAUUGCCGUCUACAACGGUCCCGGGUUGAACCUGACGUGGCUCAACGUCAAUGUUGCGCCGCAGUACCGCCGCGCUACGGCGAUUGGUAUGCAGCAGGCUAUUGGUAACUGUGCUGGUAUUGUGGCGGGCCAGAUUUAUCGCAAAGCACCUUAUUUGCUCGGCAAUGCGUUCUCUGUGGGUGCGUUGGGUGUUUCGCAGCUUUUAGUUGUCGGAAAGUGGUUCUACAUCCGUCACUGCAAUGAGAUCAAGAGGAAGAUUGAAAGUGGGGAGAUGGAGGACAAGAGAAAGGUCAAGACUGGUGAUUGGGACUUGGAUUUCAAGUAUCACCUGUAGAAGAUGUUAUCAAGGUUAUCUAAAGUUUGUGGUCAACUUAUCGUAUAGAACGAAGUGUCUAAGUACAUUUGCAUGAACCGAUCUGGUAUAAACUUUUCUAGAUAGCAGCAAGAACGAAGAGAUCUACGAAUCCUAUAAUACUCCUAUCUUCUUCAACCUUGACGGUACGAGACGGGAUAGUUACGUCAGUCUACUAGGUCCACGAAAGGCUAGAUUACAGUUUCUGGGUUACUGCUAUGGACGGUUAGAAAGGGGUCCUUCAUCAGGGUUCCGAAGAAUACGGGGUUGCUCGAACACCCUUUUAAGGGCGGGCACUAUUUACUUUUGCUACCAAGUGCAAUUGCUAAUUGACAUCUUUUGAUUCA